AUGUUGCACGCAAGACCCACAGAGCACUCCACUCGAUGCUCAUCAGUGCGCCUACGUCAGGAUCUAGCAAAGUCCUCGCUCGAUGGUCAUAGCGCUGGAACAUGCAACAUCUGGGAUGCAUGGCUGGGACGCUUUGCCGUGACGCAUCAAGAGCGCGUGCAUCGGCCUCAUCUCGGCCCUUGCUCCUAUAAGACGCUUUCUCAGCGUCAGCUGCUUGAACAAAGUAGAUUUUGCAGAGUCAGCAAUGGUCUAUCGGGCAUUCUCAAAAGCUUGCAUCAUCGUGAGAAUCUACUAUGCGCCUCAAGACAAAAAGGAUGCCGCGGCGGACAAAGCGACUUCCAGAUAGAUGCCAAGCUUUGCUAG